GCUCCAGACCAAGUACCAGUUAGUGACCGGGGUCACGGGUGAACACCAGAGGCAGUAGAGGCGGAGAGUGGGGUGACCCGAUGUCCUCUGAGCUUCUCUUGUGAUGUCGGAAGGCCGACAGGACUGAGGACGACGCGGAUAGUCCGCGUGGUCAGCGGAGGAGUGUUUAGUGGCUGGAGAGGGUCAGCCAGUUCUGUGCAAUCAUUUGGAACUCAGACCCAGUACCUGGCACUGAACCGGGCCCUUAACAAGUUUCUUCUCAUGCCAACCAAUGUGUCCGUUUCACAGAUAGGGAAACAGUAUACAGAGUGAAAUAUUAAUUUGUCUACGGUCCUGCAGGAAGUGAGGAGGCCGAGAAGGAUGUUGAGCCAUCAGCCCAAUGCUAGGAAGGCAUCCCAGUCAGUGGUGACUCCCUCAAGGCCCAGCAAUCUCAUUAGUGUGGCAUCCCAGCAGAGAGUCAUAAUCCGCUCACCAAGAGAAGAGUAAAUCCCCAGGCCACUGCUCUGCUGACCCCGGUCCAGCCGACUGGCACCUGUGGCUCCCUGAGACCUGUCCAGUGCUUGGUUGGAAAGGAGGAGAAAGGGCCAACGGGGAUCCAUCUGUCUGGUCUGCCCCAGCCUGCAUGAGGAAUACAGACCAGCCUGACAGAACUCAGAAGCUAAGGUCAGUGUCUCUGCCAGCCUCACCAUGAACCUGGAGCCACCCAAGGCUGAGAUUCGGUCAGCCACACGGGUUAUAGGAGGACCAGUUACGCCCAGGAAAGGACCACCUAAGUUUAAACAACGACAAACCAGGCAGUUCAAGAGCAAGCCCCCCAAGAAAGGCGUCCAAGGGUUUGGGGAUGACAUCCCUGGAAUGGAAGGCUUGGGCACAGACAUCACUGUCAUCUGCCCGUGGGAGGCCUUCAACCACCUGGAGCUGCAUGAACUGGCCCAGUAUGGCAUCAUUUAGCCAAUCCCUGCGGUGAGAGUCCUGUGAAAGGGACCUGCUGAUGACCCACGCUGCACCACUGAAGACCCACGCUGCCCCACCACCCUCUGCAAGCCCUGCCCAGGACCCCCGCCCGAACCUGAGCCUGAAUCCCAGCCUGAGUCACUAGCCAGGUUGUCCCCUGCCUCCAGGGGACAACUUCAUGCCCUGACACCAGCUACCAAGAGCCUACAGCCUCCCACAGGACACUCUGAUGACCUGAAGUCACGGGUUAGAAGGAAGGAAGAGAGGGGGACCCAGCCCCACCUCCUCUUUUUCUUGUGGCUGGAGUACAGGGAUGAACUCCCCAGAAGUGUUUCCCUACACUGCCUUCUGUGGACAAGAGUUCCUCUGCCCCGCAACCCUUCCAGAUGGGUGUCUGGAGGUAGGACACUGUCCUGGGGUCUGUGGUGAGAGAGGCUGAGGCUACACUCUCUAUACCAGCCUUCCCAACAUACUGUGUCCUUGUCCCUGUUUCUUAAUAAAAUUAGCAUCUCCUUGCUUC